CUGCAUGUUGUGAGCGCCAUAAUAUGUAGUGUAUUACUUGAUAUAGGUGACAGUUUAUAACUGAGACAUUCGCAUCCAAAACUGCACAUAACUGCAUUAAAUGGCAUGAAAACAGUGCACUUUGACGGUUUUAGACGUGACUUUGCCUUUGCUCCUCCUGUCUUUGCGUGUGUGUGUGUGUGUGUGUGUGUGUGUGUGUGUGUUCAGUGUCGGAACUUAAAUGCAGCGGGGAGGCUGGUCAGAGCCGCACUUCACUGCGGGAUAAACUGCGGGAUGAGAAGCCGACUCCUGGCGCAUCAUUUCACUUUGAACUCAAAGCGGUUGCAAGUGGAUCUUUCCUUUUAAAAAAAAAAAAAAGUUCAGAAGUGACUCUGACAUGUUUUUCCUUGUGACUGAUAUGACCUUAUGACCACGAGAAAAUAAGAACAACUGAAAUAAUGCACACGUUGGUGCAUGAAUUUGGAUGCAAGCGCGUCUCCCGGAGAGCGGAUAAGAUUUUUCCCAGUGUAGUUUUUUCUCCAAGUUGUUAAUACGAAUCAGAUCACUGAUUCACACUGCCUGCAGUAUGGGGUGCAGGUACAGUCCUAAAAUCCGCUUGAAUGCUCUGGAAUAACUUUGUUUUGUUUUGUUUUGUUUGGAUUGUCCACUUAUAUGGUGGAAGAAGAGUUAUUUCUGAGGGAAUUAUGGAUCUCCAUCAAUAGACUGUAUGUAAAAAAAUUAAAAUUUAAAAAUCUGAGCUGUUCAAUUCAACUUAAUUUGUAGUUGAUCAGCAACGGGAUCUAUUUUUAGAGCACAAUUCCAUCGGGACCAACUCUGUCCCCUCAGAAACAGGGAACUCAUGAAGGAUUUAAAUCAGGAGACAGACGCAAGCGUUUGCAGAAUCUCACAAUGAAGCUGAAAUCUUCUAAAUGGGGUUACCUGUUAAUCCAAUUCAUGACGCUAAUCUUUUACACGCAGGUAAGUGUGCGCCUGCACUCCGUGUCCGUGCCGAACUUCAAGCAACACGUGACCGAGCACAGCCGCUUGUCGGAUCGCACGAGCCGCCGGUUGACGCGCACCUACCAGCUGUACAGUCGCACGAGCGGCAGACACGUGCAGGUGCUGAGCAAUAAGAGAGUUGUGGCUAACGGCGAGGACGGAGACGUGCACGCUAAACUGAUUGUAGAGACCGACACAUUUGGGAGUCGGAUUCGUAUCCGUGGAGCUAAGACAGGCUUCUACAUAUGCAUGAACAAGAAAGGAAAGCUGAUUGGACGGAGGAAGGGUCAUGGCAAGGACUGCAUUUUCACUGAGAUCGUCCUGGAGAACAACUACACAGCACUGCAGAAUGCCAAGUACAAAGGCUGGUACAUGGCGUUUACACGGAAGGGCCGUCCACGGAAGGCGACACGCACGCAACAGCACCAGAGAGAAGCUCAUUUCAUGAAACGCUUUCCACGGGGACACCUGCUCACUGAGCACAAGCCCUUCGAUAUUGUCCCUUACCAGCUCAACAAGCGGACUAAGCACAGCCAUAGGCCUGGCGUCAACUAAGGAUACCCACUGACACACACACACACACAUACACACACACACACACACACACACACAUACACACACACACUUGUACAUGCACAUAUAGAGAUAAGCAAGGACACACAUCUUUAAAAAGACCUCUUGUACAGUAGCUUGAACAAUCAAACUGGAUUUCAUUUGUGUGUCGCUUAUUUAAAUGCAGAGGUAUGAGACUUUAUUUGACUUCUGGAGAGACUGAGCCUGGACUGCUAUUUAGCUAUAAUUAAAAAAGGAGAAAAAAUAAAAAAAGAGAAAGAGCGAGAGACUAUUCUCAAAUCAGCUUAAUAUGAAAAGCCUCCAGAAGCCAUCGGUUAAGUAAUGUGCAGUUUAUCUCUGGGAAAGAGAUAUACACACACACACACAACAAAUACACUCACACAUGGCAGCUAUGUUGUUUUAAACA